CCUACCGCCACGUGACUAUCUGCAGUCUCUGUCUGCACAAGCACUGAACUGAACCGCAGCGACCAGCCAAGCAGCGCAUUCAUUGCGAUAUCACCGUCAGCACGUCACCGCCAGAGCAUGGCGCUCUCCGUCCGCCGCCAACCACGGUACAAGUUCGCCGCGCCGGUGCUGUCGCCGAGCUGCCUCCAGAAGCUGUGCGUUCCCUGGGAGUUCGCGGCGCGGCUCGCGGCCGGCGCCGGGGACGUGCACGUGGUGGACCUGCUUGGCAAGCCCCGGCGCGUGGAGCUGUGCGUGCGGCCGCGACCGGACGGCGGGGUGGCGUGCUGGCUGGGCGCCGGCUGGCCGGAGAUCGUCAGGAAGAACGGCAUCGGCGAAGGGUGGUCCGUGGUGCUGCGGCGCGAGCGCCGCGGGAUGGCCACCCUGACCGCCUUCGACCCGGCCUGCUGCCUCGUGCGCCUCUGCGCUCCUCCCGCAGGUGUGACGUCCAAGACCAGGCCUCGGCUCAUCAAGUUGCUUCGACCGGAUGAUUGGGAGAAGAUGACAAUCCCUGAUGAGUUUGUGCAGCAGCACUUGAUUGGGCUUGAGAGUUGCCCAAGCAGCCAAAAAGCCUUGAUCAUUGGCCCUACCGGGAAGUUAUGGCCAGUCGAGCUAGAUCAACGUCAAUCGGACGUGCUGUAUGGUGAAGUUUGGGCAGAGUUUCUGACGGCGCAUGAUCUCUCUCAAGGGAACAUCCUGCUGUUCCGGUAUGAAGUUAACAUGUCGUUUUCGGUUCAGGUCUUCCUGCCGAAUGGGUGUAUGAAGGAGUACCCUUACCUAGCUGAUGAGGCAGAUGGACCAAGCACUGCGCUCCCACAAAGUGCCAAGCAGCUUGUAGCUGCAACUGUCAGCAAGAAAAGGAAGUACAACAGACAAGUGGUUUCCGCAAUUCCUGCACCGGUUCCUGCAAUUAAAGCUAAGAAGGUCGAGUCGCAGAGCAAACCUGCCGGCGUUCUGCGAGGGCACUCAUUUACGAAGCAGAUCACCAGCUCUUCACUUACCAAAUUAUUUGCUGUGAAACGGACCUUUUGCUCAUCAAUUGGUCUCGUAGGAGCAUGUACAAUCGAGCUUAAAACAUCCAUGGAGAGCACAAGAUCUUGGCCAGUAGCUUUCAACAUCGCCAACACCUACGGCUACCUAACUGGGAAAGGCUGGAAAAGGUUUUGCCGAGACAACGAGGUAGAAGAAGGCGAUCGCUGCACCUUCAAGGUCGUCGAGAAAAUGGUCUGGCAUGUUGUUAUCAACUGAUCUUCUGAUCAUGCCCAACUAGUGCGAGCAAAACAUCGUGCCAGUAUUUUGCCUACCAAUGCCAAUGUCACUUGCCAAUGACAGUUCUUGGUUAGUGAUUUGCCAUGUGAAAGCUUGGUAUUUGGGUAGUACUAGUUCAGUAGACAAGUUAGUCUAUGUUUAGGUCACUGUGACAUCUGUGUUUGUUGAACGCUAGUAGAUUAGUGUAUGUAUUUAGCUUAUUACGUGCUCCAGUGGAUAAGUUAGCCUAUGUUUUGGUCACUGAAACAUCACUGCUUGUUGAAUGCUGGUAGAUUAUGGACCGCAUUGUCAGUACAUGUAUAUCCAACAUAACUAUUUCCUGUGCA